AUCACAUAAAAAGAGGGGGGAGAGAGAGAGAGAGGAAGUCACCCCAGGUUCCCUCUGUUCUCCUUGCGUCGACCGAUCUCUUGGGCUUCCCCGCAUCCGAUCUCGUCCAUCAUGUCCUCGGAGACAGCUCAACCACUGCCCAAGUUUGGAGAGUGGGAUGUCAAUAAUCCUGCCUCAGCUGAAGGGUACACUGUUAUAUUCAACAAGGCCCGAGAUGAAAAAAAGACAGGUGGUAACUCAGGCACACCCACAGCAACACCGAAAAGAGAUGUAGGCGGUCUACAAGCAGAUGACACCUACCAGUAUCCAAGAAAAAGUCGGAAGUGGCUUUGCUGUGGUUGAAUGCUGCUGCUGGAGCAAAGAGCACUCGGGGAUCUCAGUUGGGGCUGUGAGAAAAAAAGUUUGUUUUAAUGAACAGAUACUAUCGUUGGAUCAUUAUUGUGUGUAUCAAUAUUAUGUAGGCAAAAAACAGGAAACAUGGAUGGAGGACUCUUAUUUCAAUUUUGCUAAAUUGCUGGAAAUAGCAGUGUGUUACAAUUUGUGCAGAUCAGUUAUCUGUAGACUAGCAAACAACAACACAUUGCUCA